UAAGGAGUUGCAAGUAUAGCUUGAAAUGAUUUUUUAUCAUUGUGCCAUUUAGUUUUAGUUUAGUUUUUUGGAUCCUAGCAUCCAGUUCUAGGCUGAGCUUCACAACUUCACAAAAUUGUAGAAGAACUAUGAGGCGAACAAAGUCAAGUGUUAGUGUCAAUAGAGGCGCCUGGACACCCGCUGAGGAUCUUCUAUUGAAAAAACAUAUACAACUUCACGGAGAGAAACACUGGAAUUCUAUUGCUGAUAAAGCAGGUUUACAACGAACUGGAAAGAGUUGCAGGCUCAGGUGGAUGAACUACCUCCGUCCCAGUGUCAAACGAGGUCAUAUAUCCGCUGAUGAAGAAGAACUCAUUAUCAGACUUCAUAAAUUGCUGGGGAAUCGGUGGUCGUUGAUUGCGGGCAGAAUGCCUGGACGAACAGAUAAUCAAAUCAAGAACUAUUGGAAUACACAUUUGAGCAAGAAACUCAGCAGAAAAGAUCCUAAACGAACCAAACAAGGUUAUAAACAUCAUGUUGGUGCUGCUACGCAUCUACAGCUCUCGUCUGAUCAGAAUGAAAAAUUGUGCAGUGAAACAGAAAGAGGAAGGACAGAUGUGGAUAAUAUUAUAGCCACAAAUGAACUCAUGGGUUCAGCAAAGUCCGAUGACUAUUCUGUAUGCAUUGUCAAAGAUCAGACCAGUUUUUCAUAUGAAGAAAUUGAGAGCGCUCUGGUGGAAAUAGAUUGGGACAUACAAUGGAAUAUUUCUUCCACCUGGGGAAAUGCGAAUUACAAACAGUUUAAUGGAUGCGAUGAAACUUCAGUGCAGGGUGUGUCAAUCGAUAUGGAGGAAAUCACAGAUAUAACCAAUGAUGCUAGCAACAUGUAUCAUGUUGAUUCUCUUCCAAAUUCAUCUUCGUUAUUAUCAGGAUUAACAUACCCACCAAAUUUUUGCUGGUCAUCCCCUGACAUUUCAUUUAAUAUGAUUUCAAAUGAACCAUGGUUCCCAAAUACUGCAGAAGAGAUUUCAAACAAUUCCUCCCCUCAAGCAGAUAUAUCUGCUUUGUUCUUUUGAACAAUUAUGUAUAUAUCCAAUUUAGAUAAUGUUUCAGAAAAUAUGGCACGGACUUUCAGUUAAUUAUAAGUUGGUGCUCCGUUCUUUUUAAAUGUAUCAAGCUUAUUUUGAUUGUUUUCUAUCAUUCUGAUGAUGGAUCAAUACAGAGUGUGAUCCAAAAUAUUGAUGUAAAUUUUUUUUACACAAUCUAAUUUAAAAGUUGUGAUUUUUAACAUA